AUGAGGUCCACGAAGCUCAGGAAGAUCUUGUCGAAGAUCUCCCUGCUGUUGCACCCCUUCCAUAAGGGCGUCGAUCCCUCCCUCGCAACCCCGCGAUCGAAGGAAGACUGGCUAGGCGAGUUCAAGGGAUCUCAAGUCAUGAUUCCAGACCUCUAUGCCUUGCUCCCUGGUUGGCGGUUCGCAGUAAACAAGCACUAUGAAACGGUCAGGACGAAGCUGGAUGAGUGGAUGCUCAGCUGGGUGGACGACCAGGAGAACUGCCGGCGGAUGAAGUUGGCUGACUUCGCCAUGCUCGCUGGAUGCUUUUAUCCGGACGCCGAGGAGGAAGAAUACCUCAUGGCCGCCUAUUAUCACCUCUGGGUCUUCGUAUGGGACGAUGAACUCGACUGCGGUCCCCUCACGAAGGAUCUCGAGAAGGUGGCGAUGUUCAAGAAGGAGACGGACGAGUGCCUCAACUCCACACUCGGUUCCGAACCCUUCAAUGGGAGUCGUCAGUCGAUGACCCCGAUGAUGAAGGCGUUCUGCGACGUUGCUGAGAAGGUGGCAGCAGGAAGCACCCCGGAUGCACGUUCCCAUAUGCUGCACGAGUUGAUAGGAUAUGUAGACAGCGCAUGCGCUCUGCCGUACAGACGGAGCAUCGAGGGAGACCGGGAGCUCUUCAGUCGCGAGAACUUCUUGGCGCAGCGUGCGCGGAGUGGCGGGGCUGGUCCAAGUCUAAUCCUACCACUUUAUAUUUAUCAUCUCAAUAUCCCAUCGUCGAUCCUGGAUCACGAAUCUCUGCAAACGAUAUUCACCCAAGCAUGCCUAAUUGUCCACUUAAUCAACGACAUCGUGUCCUUCGUGAAAGAACUCCGUGAUGACCAGCUUGACAAUAUUGUGCCGGUGCUCGCGAUCGAGCACAGGAUCCCAUUGCAGGCAGCCAUUGAACGCGCUUGCGAACUUGUGUGCACGGCGCGCCAGACUCUCGAGGAUGCAGAAAAGCGCUUGCCCCUGCCGACCGGUAACGAGGAGCUCGACAAGCAACUCUUGCGAUACGUGCAGGGCUGCAAGGACGUCGCUGCCGGGAACCUGCACUGGAGUUACCAGAACGCCAGAUACUUCGGCAGCAACCCCAAGCGCGAAGGCAACAAAAUUUUCCUCCGGAUCUGA